UCAGAUCAUCAGAGUAUCAGUUGCUCUUUGUUUUGCUCUUUCGUGCAAGCGAAAAGAAUGAUAAUUCAUCACUAUCUCAGUUUCUUAGAGUCAAACCCAUCACUGUUUAUUUGAUCUAUUUCCUCAAAAACCCAGUCGCCCAUAUCCAUUUCUUCACGCCUAGUUACGAUCCUCACCUUCUUCGCAAUGUGCACUCUGCGUGAAGGUUUUGGUUCGGAGAAUUUGGCCGGCGCCGGCGCGAGAUCAAACCGUCUUGGACUUGGAAAUUCCAUCGCCGCCUCUUUGCACUAAUCGACAAGGCUGCGCUUGUUUCCUGCGUUAUCUUCGAGAUAGAACCUUUUUGUUGGCGGCUUGUUUGGUGGGGUGGUUUACCCAAGUUCGCUGGCGGAGUUUCCAGAGUUCGGUCCUCGCGAAUGUUCAUCCAUUCUUUACAUUUGAUCUUUGCCUCUUUCUUUGUGGUUUUUCUGUUCUAGUAAGUUUUUGAAGGAGACAGGUAGAGAAUUCGGAGUCUCGACGGCUGACUGGGGGAGGUUCUUUGGAUUCUGAUGAAAAACCCAAAACUCAAAACCCAAAUUAUGAUCUCGUUAUGUUUUGGUUAUUUAAUUUGCUAGCUUCAGUUUUGUGGUAGGGCCAAAACCCUUAUGGAAAACUUGGAAUUUGGGCAUUCUGGAAUGUGUUUAUGAUCUUGAAAAUUUCUCGAGUCAGUCCCAACUAAGCGUUUGCAAUUAAGGGCGUUUGUUGUUUUAACGUAUUGUUGUUGUCUGUGAAUAAUUUAAGCUGAUUGCAAUUGGAAGAAUAUGGUUGAGAAUACAGAGGGGGCAACGAAUAAUAUGCAUCCAAAUGGUUCAAUUCAGAACUCAAAUGGGUCCAUAGAGAAAAAGGUUGAUGACCUUCGUCUCCUUUUUGGCAAGGCUGAUGGCGAUCCCUUGAGGAUUGUUGGGGUUGGGGCAGGUGCCUGGGGCAGUGUUUUCGCUGCAAUGAUGCAAGAUAGCUACGGUCACCUUCGAGACAAGGUCCAGAUUAGGAUAUGGAGAAGGGCUGGAAGAUCGGUUGAUAGAGCAGUUGCUGAGCACCUAUUUGAGGUAAUAAACUCGAGGGAAGAUAUAUUAAGGAGGCUGAUUAGAAGAUGUGCAUACUUGAAGUAUGUGGAGGCAAGAUUGGGUGACCGGACACUAUACGCAGAUGAGAUUUUGAAAGAUGGGUUUUGCUUGAAUAUGAUUGACACCCCUCUUUGCCCUUUGAAGGUUGUCACCAACUUGCAGGAGGCUGUGUGGGAUGCUGAUAUUGUGGUGAAUGGCCUGCCAUCAACUGAAACCCGGGAGGUGUUUGAGGAAAUAAGUAAGUAUUGGACGGAAAGAAUUACAGUGCCGGUGAUAGUUUCUCUGGCAAAAGGUAUAGAGGCUGAAUUGGAGCCCGAACCACGCAUCAUAACACCCACUCAAAUGAUCAAUCGAGCAACUGGAGUUCCCAUGGAAAACAUUCUCUAUCUUGGGGGACCCAAUAUUGCAUCAGAGAUUUACAACAAGGAAUAUGCCAAUGCACGAGUAUGCGGAUCCGAAAAGUGGAGGAAACCUCUUGCAAGAUUUCUAAGGCAGCCUCACUUUAUUGUGUGGGAUAAUGGUGAUCUUGUCACUCAUGAAGUUAUGGGUGGUUUAAAGAACGUUUAUGCCAUUGGAGCUGGUAUGGUAGCAGCUCUGACCAAUGAGAGUGCCACCAGCAAAUCAGUAUAUUUUGCGCACUGUACAUCAGAGAUGAUAUUUGUUACUCAUCUGUUGGCUGAAAAACCGGAGAAGCUUGCAGGUCCCCUGUUGGCUGACACCUACGUAACCCUGUUGAAAGGUCGUAAUGCUUGGUACGGCCAGAAGUUGGCUAAAGGAGAACUGACCCUUGAUAUGGGUGACAGCAUCAAGGGGAAGGGAACCAUUCAGGGAGUCUCUGCUGUGAAAGCAUUCUAUGAGCUGCUCAGCCAGUCCAAUUUAAGUGUUCUACAUCCAGAAGAAAACAAGCCUGUUGCUCCAGUUGAGCUUUGCCCAAUUUUGAAGACAUUGUAUAAAAUACUAAUUACAAGGGAGGUUUUACCACAGGCCAUCCUUCAAGCGCUGAGGGAUGAAACAAUGAAUGAUCCUCGAGAACGCAUUGAGAUAGCACAAAGUCGUGUUUUCUACAGACCCUCCCUUCUUGGGCAGUAGUGGCCCUGACUAAAGAUGUCUGCUCGAACUGCUGCGGCGUCUGUAUUUCAUCGCGGAUCAGCAGAAAACUCAGUAAGGUGACCUUAUUUUACAAGUUUCUGCAGGUGGACAUAUUGUUGGAGGAACCACCACCAGCAGCAGUUUGGAGAAAAGUGCGUUGCGCUCUAUGUUAGAUUUAUUUUUGUUGCUUUGUCUUUCUAAUGUUCAUUCUAUUAUUAAUUGUGGACCUGCCGGUAGUGUUGGAAAACUACUUAUACCUCUUGGCUUAUCAACACCAUAGUCUAAAGUUUCUGCUGUUUGCGGCACAAGGAAGAAACAAAGAAUGUUAGCAGCAAGUGAACAAAUUAGUUUUA